AUGUCGUCAAUGUUGUACGCUACGUCAGCGCAGCUGCUAGAAGUCUGGUUUGACUGCGAUGUCUUCCGAAACCCCGAGAGCAUCUUCCGCUUCUUCGAGCCCACCACGGGCGUCGACAGGAACAAGGAUCUCAUCGACGUGACCCUGGGCAACAAGACCCGGUGGGGGCCGGGCCCGUCCCCCUUCAACCUGGUCCUGACGCACUCUGGCUCUGACUUCGCCGUCUGCGGCAUGCACUUCAAGAUAGGCCUGUACGAACACCAGUCCGCUGGUGCGCUGGAAGGCCUAAUCUCAGGAGUUGCCACGGGGCUCGCCACCAGGGGGGCCGGCCACGAUGCGGUCGAGCGCAUACACGUCGUGGCCUACGAGCCGGCCUACGGCAUCAUCGGCGACCCGGCGAAGAAGGACCCCAAGACCCGGCAGUCAGCGGACCAUUCGAUGGCCUUCAUCGUCUCGAGGAUGUUGUCGAAGGCCCUGGAUCUGCGCGCCGUGCCCAGCUCCAGCGACGAGGCCUGGAAGGCGCUCAUGCUGACGCCGCACGACUACGGGAAGGACGCCUUGCUGGACGAGAGGACCCGGUCCCUGAUGGCCAGGAUAACUUUCGAGCACGGCGGGCCCGAGUUCGACAGCAGAUACCCCGACGGCAUCCCCACGUCAAUCGACGUGUUCGUCAAAGGCGGUGGGAAGUACUCGAGCGGCCUGGUGAUGUACCCCUCUGGCCACGCGAGGAACACUACCGCCGACCUCAGGGAACUGCUCAGGAACAAGAACGAGGUUCUCGGGGGGCUCGUGUUCAAGGACGCCCCAGCCUAUGAGAAGUUCAUCGGCCCCCUCGUGCGAAUGAAGGAGCUGUCUGCCGAAGAAGUGCAGCUGAUCUACAGCUACGCCGCGCCUGACCCCGAGCCGCCUCCUCGGCCCCACAUGGCGCCAGCAGCGGCGUGCUGCUCCGCGCAGCUUGGGCCCGCCCCGACCCGGCGGCACCGCGCAGCCGGCCCGCUGCCUGCGCAGCCGGCGCAGAGCCCGUCGACGCCCGCCCCGGCGCGCGCCGUGCCGCGCACGGCCGCGCGGGCGCGGACGGCGCUGGCGGCGGCCCUGGCCAGCGGCACCCUCGCCGCGCGGGCCUUCGCGGGCGCCCCGGGCGGCCAGUGCGCGGUGGCAGGGCGCGCGCGGGCGCCUGCCGCGGCCGCCGCAGAGGGCCCGCCGCGGCGCCGCGAGGCCGGCAUCGCCGCGGCCGUGGCGUCGUGGCUGUGGCCCGCGGGCGGCGCCGUCGCGGCGCUGGGGGGCCCCAUCGUCGUGCUGGGCGCGGGCGGCAGGACUGGGCGCCAGUGCGUGCUCGCCGCGCUGCGGCGCGGGGAGCGCGUCGUGGCCACGACGCGCUCGGGCACCUUGCCAGAGGACCUGGCCGCCUCCUGCGCCGGCGGCAUGUGCGAGGCGAGGGCGGUGGACGUCACGAAGCCCGAGACAGUCGCGCCGUCGGUGGCCGGGGCGCGCGGCGUGAUCUUCGCAGCGUCGCAGUCCAAGGGCGGCGGCACCGCCAAGGCCGUGGACAACGACGGGCUCGUGAGUGUGGCGCGGGCGUGCAUUGCGGAGAGGGUCAAGCGCCUGGUGGUUGUGAGCUCUGGGGCCGUGAGCAGGCCAGACAGCGCCGUGUACCAGUUCCUGAACCUCUUCGGCGGCAUCAUGGCCGAGAAGAUCUCGGGCGAGAACCGCGUGCGCGCCCUGUACGCGGGCCUGCCCGUCAGCGACGUUGGGUACACGGUCGUGCGCCCUGGCGGGCUCACAGAGCAACCCGCCCGUGGGGCCAGCGCCAUCGAGCUGAGCCAGGGUGACGCCUUCAGCGGGCGCAUCUCGCGCGCCGACGUCGCGGAGCUCUGCCUGGCCGCCGUGGACUCCGAGGCGGCACGUGGCGCCACCGUGGAGUGCUACGACGCCGACACCGCCAAGCCGCUGGAGGCUGUCGGCAUCUUCAACCUCCCUGCGCCAGACGUCCUUCACCAUACGUCCUCCGACGGCGGCGGGGCGCGCGCGGGCGCCGCCCUGCGCGGCGAGACCUGGGAGGCCCUGCUCGCGGGCGUGCUGCGCGACCAGGAUUACAGGCGCGGUACCGACACGCUGAAAUUCUACGUGGCCUACAUCAGCAGCUCAUUCAACAUGCACAUACUCUCCGAAUUUUCCAACAUGACCAGCUUUCCGACCGACAUGCAGCACAUGUUGCAUACUUGGUCCAGCAAGCAGCGAUUCUGCAUUAUUUUCGUCAUGGAGGACAUCCAGCUUGGUUCAAAGAUGCUCAGCGUAUACGACAGGAACUCCUCCGAGAACGUGCACAACGACGUGACGAAGGCAUGGCGGUCGACGGCAUCUAUCUCAAGCUCAUUCCUCACCGAUUCCGCGAACAUGCCCAAUGGAAACGGACAUGGUGGCAUCAUUUUCUCGAUUAACAUAUCACCGAAGCCUACCGCCACCGCGACCUCUCACGAGCCGCCGAGUUCAGCAGACUUCGUGCAGGCUCUAAAGCAGGCCCUAAGAAACGGAAUUACAUGCGAAGUGGGAGGUCGAGUUUGCAAAGAUACCGAAGAGUACCUCGAGAAAUGCCAGCCAGAGGACCCUCAGCCCGAACCACUGAUCGACGUAGAGAUUCUCCAGGCCGAAGUCACCUUCCUGCGCGACGACAAGACCCACGACCCGAACACCGCCAAGCUGAUCCUUGGCGCCAAUGACUGGCAGGGCCGAGGCUUCUUGCUCGCUGGCCCAUGUUCAGAAGGGAACGCGAAGCACCACCUAGACCCAGCCCCAGCGGACUGA